GAUGGUGUAUAAAAGCAGUCGUGAAGCACAAGGAUGCCCCUCUCGCCGCCUCUGAGCCAAGCAAGGAUCGAUCGACCACUCGACCCGACCCACUCCGCGCGAUGAGGGAGAUGGCCGUCCCUGUCCGCCUCGCCUCCGCUUCCUCCUCCCUUUCGCUCCUCCUCCUCGUCCUGCUCCCGCUCCUCGCCUCCGCCUGCGACCGCUGCGUCCACCACUCCAAGGCCGCCUACUACGCCUCCUCCCUCACCCUCGCCGGCGGCUCCUGCGGGUACGGCGCCGAGGCGGCGUCCAUGGGCGGCGGCUUCCUCGCCGCGGCGAGCCCCGCGCUGUACCGGGCCGGCGUCGGCUGCGGCGCCUGCUUCCAGGUCCGGUGCAAGGACAGGAAGCUGUGCGCGGCGGCGGGCGCCAGGGUGGUGGUCACGGACCGCGCCAGGACCAACCGCACCGACCUCGUCCUCAGCAGCCCCGCGUUCGCCGCCAUGGCGCGACCCGGCAUGGCCGCGCGCCUCGCCAAGCGCCGCACCGUCGAUGUCGAGUACAAGAGGUGGGUGGGUAAAGUAAAACACAAUCCAGGAGAUGAGAUUAACCGCCUCUUCUUUCUUUCUUUCUUUCUUUCACCAACCGCUGCACCAUGUGAAUUGGAAACCGGCCGGAGGGCUCAGUUUUGUCAGCGCUGCGCCAUGUGCAGGGUGCCGUGCGAGUACAAGCACCGGAACCUCUCGGUGAGGGUGGAGGAGAAGAGCCGCGCCCCCAGCGAGCUGACCAUCAGGUUCCUCUACCAGGGCGGCCAGACUGACAUCGUGGCCGUCGACGUCGCACAGGUCGGUUCGUCCAACUGGAAGUUCAUGACGCGCGACUACGGCCCGGCGUGGAGCACGAGCCAGGCGCCGCCGGGGCCGCUGCAGCUCAGGGUGGUGGUGACCGGCGGGUACGACGGCAAGUGGGUCUGGGCCGACCGCGAGGUCCUCCCGCGGCGGUGGCGCGCCGGCGAGGUCUACGACACGGGUGUCCAGAUCGCUGACAUCGCCCAGGAGGGCUGCUUCCCCUGCGACACGCACGAGUGGGAGUGAAAACAGUGACGACGGCAUGCUCGGCAAGGCAACACAAAGCCGAAGCCGAAGCUGAAGCUCCCUUGGCCCUGAAACAGUAGAGCCUCCUCCCUGUCACUGCCCGUUUGUCUGGGCUUUGAUCAGAGGACUAGAGAGAGCCGAUUAACAAACACACUGACAAGAGUGACACCAGAGUCCGAAUCCCUCGGCAAACUCGGCUUCUUUUCCUUGUACAUGAGCUGCUGAUGUGUCGGAUAAGUAUUAGCCUAAGCGUCCCGGAGGCUGGAAAAAAGAAUAAUGUAACGAGUGCUUUGACGGCGGCCGCCGCCUCGAACGUGAAGCAACAGCUACCUCGCCAUCGGCCAUGGGACUCCAGCCAUGGCGGAUCAGUGAUUUUCAACUGGAUCACAUGGCCCGUUGCUUCUGCCAACGUACUUCUCCUUUGUGCCCUUGCCUUGUGUGAGCUGUGAAUGUGAACGUGCAGAACAGGUGAACUGUUGAUGGACUUUCGUUUCAAAAAAAGAAAAAUAAAACAGUUGAU